GACGAAAAUCUGCAACUCAAACGGAGAGCAUCGCGUAUGUGUACACUUCCGGCCAGCCUCGUGUUCGACCGUCUCAUGCAACACAUUGCCACAUUGACAGUGCGUGUGAUAUAGUAGCGAUUCGUGAGAUCGGUUGUGCCUCACAGGGUGUCAGCAGAGAAAGAAAUAUAAAAGAGAACACCGGUUGAUUAGAGUGUGAUAUUUAAUCUGGAACCAUGGCUGAUUCAGCAUCGGGCCAGAACGACCAGUCGAAUCCCGCAGCUUCCGAUGAUGCUGCCGGUGAACCCGGUAAGCCCAAAACAGCAGCACAGCUGAAGAAAGAAGCCAAACGGCUGGAAAAACUGGAAAAAUUUAAAGCGAAGCAAGAGAAAUUAACGAAAACAGAAAACGAUAAAAAGCCAAAGGAGAAGAAGGAAAAGAAAGAGAAGAAGGUUAUAACAUAUGACGUCCAAACCCCUCCUGGAGAAAAGAAAGACACAAAAUGCCCCAUGCCAGAUUCGUACAGCCCUCUUUAUGUAGAGGCAGCCUGGUAUGACUGGUGGGAAAAAGAGAAGUUCUUCAAACCAGAGUAUGGUAGAUCCAGUGCUGCGGAGAAGAAUGACAAGGGCCUCUUCAUGAUGGUAAUCCCGCCCCCAAAUGUGACAGGCAGUCUCCAUUUAGGCCACGCCCUCACCAAUGCUGUGGAGGACUGUAUAACACGAUGGAAGCGCAUGAAUGGCGUGACUUGUCUUUGGAAUCCAGGCUGCGAUCACGCUGGAAUCGCCACUCAGGUCGUCGUUGAGAAAAAAUUGAUGAGAGAACGUAAGCUCACCAGACAUGAUCUUGGCAGGGAAAAAUUUGUGGAAGAAAUUUGGAAGUGGAAAAACGAAAAAGGUGAUCGUAUUUACCAUCAGUUGAGGAAGUUGGGAGGCUCUUACGACUGGGAUAGAGCUUGUUUUACCAUGGAGCCAAAACUAUGCCGAGCUGUAACAGAAGCUUUUGUGCGUCUCCAUGAGGACGGCUUGAUCUAUCGCAGUGUACGACUCGUCAACUGGUCCUGUAAACUUAAUUCCGCCAUCUCAGAUAUUGAGGUGGACAAAAAGGAGAUCGUGGGCAGAACAUUUCUACCUGUGCCAGGAUACAAGGACAAAGUAGAGUUUGGGGUACUGGUCUCAUUUGCAUACCAGGUUGAAGAUUCAGAUGCUGAGAUUGUUGUCGCCACUACACGUGUAGAGACAAUGUUAGGUGACACAGCCGUUGCUGUCCAUCCCAGUGAUGAGCGAUACAAGCAUCUUCAUGGCAAGUUUGUCAAACAUCCAUUUCUUGAUCGACGGCUCCCGAUCGUCUGUGAUGAGUUUGUAGAGAUGGGCUUUGGUACAGGUGCUGUGAAGAUCACCCCUGCCCAUGACCAGAAUGAUUACGAGGUUGGGAUGCGCCAUUCCCUCCCCUUCAUCAAUAUCCUAGACGACACAGGAAACCUGAACGACACCUGUGGGCAGUUCUCUGGCAUGAUGCGGUUCGAUGCCAGGAGAGCUGUGUUGAAAGCAUUACAGGACAAAGGACUCUACAAGGAAACCAAGGAGAAUCCCAUGGUGGUCCCUAUUUGCAGCCGGUCCAAGGAUGUAAUAGAGCCCCUGUUGAAGCCCCAGUGGUACGUGGAUUGUCGGGACAUAGGGCAAGAUGCCAUUAAGGCUGUACGGGACGGAAAGCUGAAGAUUAUACCAGACAGUCAUGUGAAGACAUGGAAUCAUUGGCUGGAAAACACAAAAGACUGGUGUAUUUCUCGUCAGCUCUGGUGGGGACACCGUAUCCCAGCCUAUUUUGUCACUGUGGAUGACACCAGUAUCCCUAAAGGAGAGGACUCUGAUGGGAAGUAUUGGGUGAGUGGAAGGACUGAGGAAGAAGCAAAACAGAAAGCAGCAAAACAGUUCAAUGUUUCUCCAGAGAAGAUUUCACUCAGACAAGAUGAAGAUGUGCUGGACACGUGGUUCUCUUCAGCUUUCCCUUUCUCAAUUUUUGGAUGGCCAGAAAAGACUCCAGACUUGGAAACGUUCUACCCCGGCACACUGCUAGAGACGGGGCAUGAUAUCCUGUUUUUCUGGGUUGCUCGUAUGGUCAUGUUGGGGCAGAAACUGAUGGGAGAUCUUCCAUUCAAGGAGGUGUACUUGCAUGCUAUGGUCCGCGAUGCCCACGGCAGGAAGAUGAGCAAAUCACUCGGCAACGUCAUUGACCCUCUGGAUGUCAUAUAUGGUAUAAGUCUACAGGGUCUUCACGAACAGUUGGCAAACAGUAACCUGGAUGAGAAGGAAAUAGAGAAAGCCAAGAAGGGCCAGAAAGCUGACUACCCUGAGGGAAUUCCUGAGUGUGGGACGGAUGCUCUGAGGUUUGCUCUCUGUUCCUACACUUCCCAGGGACGUGACAUAAACCUGGAUGUCCUUCGUGUCCAAGGCUACAGGUUUUUCUGUAACAAACUCUGGAAUGCAACCAAGUUUGCUCUGAAUGGCCUGGGAGAAGACUUUACACCCAACUGUAAGCAACAGUUGUCAGGUAAGGAGGGACCAAUGGACAGGUGGAUUCUUAGUCGACUCUCUGCAGCUGUGGACAUGGUCAACUCUGGCUUUGAAAACUACGACUUCACCAUGGCAACCACCGGCUGUUACAACUUCUGGUUGUAUGAACUCUGCGACUGGUACCUGGAAAGUUUAAAGCCCAUCUUGUACGGAACUGAUGAGGAGGCCAAAACUGUGUCGAGAAACAUCCUGUAUACUUGCUUAGAUGUGGGUUUGAGGCUACUGCAUCCCUUCAUGCCCUUCGUGACAGAAGAGCUCUUCCAGCGUCUCCCCAGACGGACGUCGCAGGAGCCCCCAAGUAUCUGUGUCACCCCGUACCCAGAGAGACAGGAGUUCCAGUACCAGAACAGCGAGUUAGAGUCAGAUGUGGAGUUUGUACAGAACGUCAUCAAGUCCAUCCGCUCCAUGAGGGCAGACUAUAAUCUCACAAAGACAAAGGCAGAUGUGUACCUGAAGUGCUCAGACAAGGACGUAGCCAGCGUCCUGAAGAACUACACAGAGGUCAUCCAGACGACCUCUACCACGGGUGCUGUCAUUGUCCUCGUCAAGGAGACCCCUCCCGAGGGCUGUGCCAUUCUCACCGUCUCGGCUAAGUGCGAGACACAUCUCAUGCUCAAGGGUUUGAUAGACGCAAGUAAAGAAAUUGUGAAGUUAGACGGGAAGAAGGAGAAACUGAGCUCACAGCUGAAAAAGCUGAAGGAGACGAGCUCUAUGGCAGAUUAUCAGACAAAAGUCCCAGAAAAUGUCCGGGCACAGAACGCUGAGAAGAUGUCUGAGUUGGAGAUUGAAGUUGAAAAGCUGACACAAGCAAUAGCCAAUCUACAAACAAUGACGUAGGCGUACAACAAGGGGACCCUCUCAAACCACAGCACUUCUCUGAAAUAAAACUGCCGCUUCAUGUUAUGUCAGUGUAAACUUUGAUGCAGUGGAACAUUGAAAGUCUCUGCUUUGCCCAGUGAUACUCUUGAAUCUUGCUGACCAUUAUCAAGAAAUAUGGCAUUCAGAAGGUUUUAUAAAUAUAUUCUAGAUGGUUAAAGACUUAAGAUAAAUAAAUGGUCUAAUCUUUAGUUCAUUAAUGCUGAUAGCUAUGAAGGACAAUAGAAAUACAGCUAUGCUUUCUUGAAAUGAAACAUAUUAUAGCACCAUUUUUUGUGAGUGAGGACAUCGCUUUACAGUACUUAAAUAAGUAUCUAUUCUAAAAAUAAUCACCCAUCGUGCAUUGGAAUUUUUUUACGUAAGUGAUUUAAAUCUGUUCAGGGAUAACAAUGGAAAUUAAACCCAAUGUAUCGAUAUGAAAUGAGAUUUUUUACAAUAUAUUUACCUGGUAAUUGUAAUUAACAGGUGUCAUAAUGCCUCAUCCUAAAUCAACUCAUUGUUAAGUUAUUUGUGCAUGUUUUUUUGGUUACAUGAAAUAUAGUACUGUCCAUAAUGCUUCACCCCACGGGAAACCAUACUGUGAGCUUUCAUAUUUUACACUCUGCAGGAGUAAACUGUACCAAAAAAACCAUUAAA